GCGUUUUGCGGACGGGAUGCUGGAGGUGGCAGCGUCGCCAAAAUGAACACAGACUGCACCCAGCCAUCAGUUGCUCCAAAGCCAAGAUUUGUUUGUCACGCCAGCCAGAAGUUGCCUUCCCCUCUCCUGUCUGCAGCCAGGGGUCCCAAACCCUCUGUAGCCCCAAAACCCAAAGUCACACUGCUGCUAAAUGACAACCAGGGAGGGUUCAGUAAUGGCAGUGUGGUGACUUUAAAUGGUGGGGUUGAUGGACGAUGUGAGAUACAAAAUGGCCUAAACAAUGGAGUUAUUACCGCAUUGCCCGGAGAGAAACAAUUAAACGGCUACACCCUGGAGUCGCCAAACACUGAUUUAAAGAUGUUAUCAAAGGGGUCACUGGAAAGAUGGGUGACAGAGGAGGAAGAAGACCAAGAUGCUGUUCAGAAAAUGGAUGAGGACUGGAGAUUAACUGACAGUACCUUGACGGAGGAAGCUGACUCUCUGAAAAAAACUCUCUGGGUUAGCGAUGACAGACUCACAGCUGAUUCCGAAGAGAUAAUUGACACGGAUGUGACGGAGGACAUGGAUGCUGAGGGUUGUGGUGCCGGCGAGGCGCUGGCCGACGCAGAAGGCCUCUCAGGAGGAGACAUUUCUGUUAAUAGCACUGAUGAGGAAGCUCGGUGGUAUUUUGCUGCCAAUCAAAAAGCGAAGAAGGAAGAUGGAAGUACGGCAGACGACUUUUCAGAGUCUUCUUUAGAUGAGCUGGGGAUCCUUGUCAAAGGAACUUCAAUGGACACUGAUGCAAAAUGUGUUUUUUUAACAGAAAGAGAAGAUAAUAAAAAAAAUGGAAGAGGAGAGGGUUGGCGGGACAUUUGUUUUUAUAACACCAUCCCUGAUAAUCAGAAACAGUAUACAACAAGGAGACAUUUAGCAUUGGAGGUGGAUCGAGCUCAUGAGCCUCUUUACAUCUGUUCAGAGGACAUUAUAAACAGCGAUCUGAGGCUGGAGAGUACGCUCUCAGUUUUGACUGGGAAAUAUGAAGAAACAGUAGAAAAUGAACAAAUAGAGGACAGCUUAGACUUUGGUAGCAUUGAUGAAUAUGGAUACGAGGUUUAUGAACUGGAGGAUGUGUUGAACCAUUUGGACAGCGAGUCAAGUUUCAAACAGGUAACGAUCACAGUGCCAACCAACACCGCCUUGACGUCGUCUCUCUCUGAGGGUCAGCUGCUGUCCCCAAAUGACUCUGAUGUCUUCAGAGACCAGGAUGACCUUGAGGGUUGCAUUGUGCCAUUUCUGGAUGAGACCACCGAUACAGAGCAUGACAUCAGUGAGGAUCAUGUCUAUGACGAGCCAGGGAAAGCUUCACGUGUUGGGAAUGUCUUUCACUUCGAUGGCAAGCCUGUCGGGAUUCGAUCACACUCUCUGUCACACCGGAUUACCAAUGCUGUGGAGAGUAAGGGAGUGCAGUUUUUACAGAAAACCUAUCUGAGUGGACUUGGACAGCCUACGUUAAGCAGCAGCCCAAUGUUGAGCUCACCGCGACACAGGAGCUACUCUAAACCACAGUAUUUGUCUCUAUACCCCCGCUCCCUCUCCAUGGAGGGCCAGGACACUUCACUGUGUAUCUACAGGGAUGGACUCCAGAGACAUAAAGAUGCCAUGUUCUCAUCUGAAAGCUUCUCUAGGUGCUCUCCUCUGUCGUCCAGUGCUCUGUCCACACCUACAUCUCUGGUGGAUAUUCCUCCUCCUUUUGAGCUAUCCUACAUCACCAAGAAGCCUAUUACAAAAAGUUCCCCCUCACUACUCACUGGGGCAGACUUGGCAGAGAAAAACAGGAAAAAGAAGUCCUCUAUAAAGCGCUUCCUGAUGCUUAAGUUUGGAUGGAAAUCAGAACACAAGCAAGUGGUAGAAGGCAAGCCACCCUCUUCAAAGUCCUCAGCUGAGUCCAGCUUCUGCUCACCAGGCAGACGGCUGGAUUUAGACAGACAGAGCGUCGGUAGCUCGCCACAACUAAACUCAUGGUCAGUUAGCAAGCUUCAUAUUUCACCCGAGCCAGCUUCCACCCUCCUGUUGUACAAUGAAAGCAGAAGAAGAGGGAACUCCGUGGCCUUCCUUAAUCGCAGCGUUGUCCGGGUGGAGUCAUUUGAGGACCGCUCACGUAUCUCUUUUGCUGCUCUUCCUCUGACCAAGCCACGCUCCAUCUCUGUCCCCAACACAGAUACCUCAGAUUAUGAGAACGUUCCUCCCAUCAGCUCAGACUAUGAGAAUGUUCAGGUGCCACAGCGGAGGCCUGUGCCUCAGCCACAGUUUACAGACUUCUUCAACUGUUCCAGUCGGGUUGCGUCUUCUGCCAACGAGACAGACGGUUAUGUGGACAUGAGCAGCCUCCCUGGGUUUGACAAGAAAAAUCAGUUAACUGAGGAAACAGAAAGUGCCUACACAGAAGCCUAUAAGGUGUGUACUGUAGCUGCUGCUCCACAGAUUGGUCACGUUGUCGAUGUUCGAGAGACGAUGUGCGAGGAAGACCAAGGACGCACUUCAGAUGAGGAAGAUGGUGCAUUAGACAUCAACUAUGACAGACAGCCCGACGGUCGAUCCAGAGCCUUUUACAUUGUGAAAGAGCUGGUGGAUACUGAGAGACUACAUGUGAAGGGGCUCAAACUGCUGCAGAAGGACUUUCGGGAAGCAGUGGGGACUGCAGUGGGGGACGAUGGGCAGCCUGUGUUGGAUGACGAGAGACUCAGAGAGAUUCUCAAUGAGCUGCCUGAUGUUUACAGUCUGCACCGCAAAAUCCUCACAGAGCUGGAGAGUCGAGUCAGACACUGGGAGGACGGCCAAAAAAUUGCUGACAUCUUCCUAACGAGGAAAGCAGAGUUCUUGGUCUUCACCACUUACAUCGGCCACUUCGACCGGAGCAUAAGUUUACUGGAGGACAGCUGCCGGACUUCACCUGCCUUUGCAGCCAUUGUUCAAAAGUUUGAGGAGAAAAGCCCAGGUGGGGACAGAGUUUCCUUCAAACAGCAGCUCCUGCACGUCAUCGUGCGCGUGGCUCAGUAUCGCAUGAUUCUCACUGAUUAUCUGAACAACCUCUCUCCUGAUUCCAAGGAGUAUGAAGACACCCAAGCUGCUGUAGCUGUCGUGUCUGACAUUGCAGAUCAGGUCAAUGACAGCUUAAAACACGGGGAGAACCUGUUGCGUCUGAUCAACAUAGCGUACAGUGUGCGUGGCCAGCGUGACCUGCUUCAUCCUGGCAGGGUUUUUGUGAAAGAGGGCACCCUGAUGAAGGUCAGCAGGAAGAGUCGCCAGCCCCGCCAUUUGUUUUUGAUGAACGACGUGCUGCUCUACACCUACCCUCAGCAGGACGGGAAAUACAGACUGAAGAACACGUUACCUCUGACAGGGUUAAAGGUCAGUAAACCCAAUAUACAAAAUGUCCAACAUGCACUAAAGAUAGAAGAAACUGACAUCUCCAUCAUUUUGUCUGCCAGUUCUUUCCUUGAAAGAGAGGACUGGUUUUACACCCUGAACCGCACCGUGACUGAACACACAAGAGGCUCGGCGGCUCUCAGAAGCUGCUCAGGAGAGGCCAGAGAUCGUCUUGGUCUGUCCCUGGGAGAAAAAGCGCCCACACUUGUUCCUGUCUCACAAGCCGUGAUGUGCAUGAACUGCACUGCAGAUUUCAGCCUCACUCUUCGCAGACACCACUGCCACAGCUGUGGACGAAUUGUUUGUCGAAGCUGCUGCAGAAACAAGUAUCCACUGAAGUACAUGAAAGACCGCAUGGUCAAAGUAUGUGAUCACUGUUACAACGAGCUGAAAAAGAGAGGAGGAGAUGUAUCUGUGCUCUCAGGAAACAGCAGCCCUCGGGUGACCCGCUCCAGCCGUCCGUUCUCCACUGUAUUUCAAAACAUCCAUCCUCCCAAUAUUUGGCGACAUCGCAAAGGCACAGCCUCCUUCACUCAGGUAACCGUGCCAGAAGAAGGCUCCAUCAGCGGCACUCUACAGCGAAGCAAGAAGAGCAAAAAGAACUGGAAGAGGCUGUGGUUCCUUCUAAAAGACAAGGUGCUUUACACCUACCGAGCCCAAGAGGAGAAAGUAGCAUCAGAAAGUUUGCCUCUUCUGGGUUUCACUGUGAAGCUAUCUGACAAGCAGGGGGGCGACGAGGCGGACAAUGUCUUUCAGCUUUACCACCAAAACACUUUGUAUUACUCCUUUAAAGCUGAAGAUAACUUCACAGCCCAGAGGUGGGUAAAUGCAAUGGAGGAAGCUACAAACUUAUAGGAUCAACCUUUGUGCAGCCUCCUUUA